UAAACACUAAGAAACACCAGAGGUCCUAUAUUUAUACAGUCUAUGCGUCAAACACAGCUCUUACAUUUUAAUAAACACCGCACCAGUUUUAGCGUGUCUGGACGGUCUGGACCGCGGCUUUAAAUCAAAGAGGGAAGUAUGGGACAGAGCCAUAGACUGGACGGAACGCUCUCUCUUUGCUACGUUCAUCUCUGAUAGCAGAAAAGGUCCGGAAGUUGCCUGUCGUUGUUUACAUUCUCUGAGUGGUCCAGCUAGCUAAUUGGCGAACAGGAAUGAUGGCAGCUUCUAUGAAAUGACGGGUGACAUUUGAUUAGGUUUUUAUAUUUAUACACAUUUUUCGUAUUCUCUCUGUGUUGUUGUUGUUGUUGUUGUUGUUUGGGUCAUGGCUUUAGCCCGGUGCUGGUGCUGUCUUUGGGUAAUGUUACCGCUCGUCCUGCUGCGGUGGCCGACGGGGCUGCUGGUCGCCGCGGAGCAGGUCGCUCUGGUGGAGGUUUUCCUGGAGCAGCGGGCCGGCGUCAGCGCUGUGCUCCAGGGGGAGGUGAUGGAGUCCGGCAGGGAAAGCAGCAGGAUUUCCGAGACCCAGGACGAGGACCAGGAGGAGCUGGAGGGAGAGCUGGUCCUGGUUCAGAAUGAGGAAACACAGGUGAACGGAGGAAAAGGUGAGGACGACACCAAAGAGCAGGAGCUGUGGAUCGGGGUGGUCCCUGUGGAGAUGGACGAAAUCAAAGCUUCCACUGGGAACCAAGAGUCCUUCGCUGAUGCAAUGGUCAACAGAAUGAAGCGAGCAUUGGUCCUCGGAGCGUCUGCCCUGAUCAUUCUCGCUCUCAACCAAAACACAGUCAGUGAGAUGGAUCUGUCCCAGGUGCUGUCCAAGCCUAUCAUUGUGAUCCAGACGUCGGAAAAUGUCACAAAGCUGAUUGGAGCUCUGCUCAGGGGUCUUCAAGCUACAGCAAAGAUCACAUACAAGACGAUCCUGCAGGAUAACCUGGGGGCCACGCUCACGCUGUGGUCCAGCUGCGGUCGGUCCAGAGGGGGUCCCUACGGAGAGUGGCAGGGGGUCAUCUGCACGGGGGAGACCAACUCUCAGGUCCAGAAGUACCUGCAGCAGCUGUGGGACACAGUGCUCCUGGUGGCUCUGAUCAUCAGCACCGGGGUCAUCGUUCAGGCCCGCUGGCAGCACCAGGACCAGCAGCUCCACGACGACCUGGAGCUCUUUCCUAAACAGGACGUCCUGAAGAGAAUGUCGUCCCUGAAGACCAAAACGUACCUCCAGCCCAAACCGUGGUGUGACCCCUCCCAGUCAGGGGAGGCGGACAACUGUGCGGUGUGUCUGGAGCCAUUCAACAACAACCAGGUGAGACCACAGGUGGGGGAGGGGUGAUGUUCAAGGACUCAGGAAGGGUUUCUGAGGGCUACAGAUGUUCAGGUGGUUCUGCAGUGGUGUGUUACA